GUUUUGAAAUCGAGAUUGUUCCAUGCACUGUGGCUGUUUCAUGGUUUGUCAACGUUGGUUUUAUUUAACUAAAUUGUUGGACCGAGUCCCAUCUUCAUCCCGGACAGAUAAACCUGGCAGAAAUAGAAACAAGCUGUGGAAACACAAGGUCCGUUAUGUCCGGUGAAGGCUUGAUUUCGGUGGAUUAUGAAAUCUUUGGCAGGGUGCAAGGAGUAUUUUUUCGAAAAUACACACAAGCUGAAGGGACAAAGAUUGGCCUAGUUGGAUGGGUCCAAAACACAGAAGCGGGAACCGUGAAGGGGCAGCUACAAGGUCCAUACAGCAAGGUGGAAAGAAUGCAAGAGUGGUUGAAAUCUACAGGGAGCCCCAAGUCCCGCAUUGACAAGGCCGAGUUCAAGAACAAGAAAACUAUUGAGAGCCUAGAGUACUCCUCUUUCAGUAUAAUCAAAUGAAAUCAGUUAUUUGUUGUCUGUAAUAUUAAUAUUUAUGCUAUUUACUAUUUGUAACACGUUGUAUUUAAAGCACUAAAGUGAAAAUGUAUGCAUUACAUGAACUCCUAAACUUGAUCAGAUCAUAUAAUUAUUUCAAAAUGCCUUGAACAUGUUUCUCAUAGUUAGAACUGCAUUGUUCUAAGAAGACGCACCUUGUUGGAGGGGAUUUUUAGCAGAACUGGUUGGUGAUAGAAAUAUGUUUGAAGUAGAGAUAAACUGAUUUAUAUUAGUAAUGUUUGCCUCCUAAAUAAAAUUUUGUGGUUAUUUGCUGCAAGUGUCACAGUGGAAGAAAACAUUUUAA